CCCUUCCCGGAUUCCGUCUGACUCCAUGGCAACGCAGCUACCGCCAUAAGCUAUCCCCGGUUUUGUUUUCCGGAGCGGGCAGUGGAAUCACGUCUUGUUCUUCUAUUAUCAACAAACGCAAAGAAUGUGACUUUACUUUAAAUCCACCUGCGUCUAUAUUUAUGACACAUUGAUGAAAAUACAGGACCGUACACAGCGAACUCCCAGAGAUGUGAACCUUGUGACUAUUAAAGAUGUCUUCUCAGGAAGAGACAAUGCAAGUGCUGAAUAUCUGGGAGCUUGCCAUCCCUCUCCCAGCAGUGCUGAUGAUCACUGUGAGCUUUUACAUGAUCAUCCUCGGGAUUGGGCUGUGGAUCCGAUUCUGCCUCAAGGACCAUUGUUCUUGGGAGUGUGCUGAUUGCUGUCCCAACGUUUCUAUAUGUGAGCAGUGCUUUAGACUGGCUGAAAUGUGUGACUGUCGCCUGCCAACCAUGCGCUCGUGUCUGACCAAUUGGUGCCCUGCUCCUACUUGUGUCAAAUGGGACUGUGCCUGCACCUGUCAGCCUCCUGAGUGUGAGUCCUGCAACUGUCUCUGCUUUGAGAUCAGGAUCAAGUAGAAGAUGAGGGUGGAGGUACACCAAUGCCAAUGCCAGCUGAUGGAUUACAAGUACCCUCACAGCUCUCUAGUCCUUUUAAUUGUAAGCCUUUAUUUGAGAGUUUACAGUGGAGAGGAGGAGUGAGAUGGGGAAUAACUUGCAACAAAGGUCCCUGGCCGAACUCAAACUGGGGAUGUUGCAGUUCAGGCUGAGCGUCAACAAGACUACUACUCUACUCUAUUUUACCCUGAAGAAUAUUAUUGUGUUACUGCCAUCAGGUGCCCCCCCCCUUUGAAACGUAAUGAACAGAACAGCGUCUGCAGGGCUGUUUGCCCUUGAAACACUGUACUUUGAAGACCAUCUUCAGCACUCUCAGCUCGGUGGGGGGUACCUACACCACCUGUUGUUUAACACUUUGAAUUGAAGAGGCUUUUUGUGUGAUGCCUUUCAUUUUAAUUAAAUAGUCAAACUGACAGCAGAGUGUUUGUUUCACAGUACUGCCGUUACCAGGAGGAAUGUCCUACAUGCCUUGCCUAUGUUUACUGUAAACCAGAACCAUCAAACUGAAGCCAAGACCUGGUUUCGUUGAUCUGGAAGUGCCUUUUGUAUUAUAUAUUUUGAGAAUGGUUCAUUAAGUUCAAUCUUAAGGCUGCCGUUACCCAAUAUUGUUCUCAUUGAUAACAAAUCCAAUGAAAAAGACCAAAACCAGCAGUGUGUCAGUCCGUCCCUCAACACCUUCCCUCCUCUGUCUGUGGCUCUCAGCUCCGAGUCCAUCGGUUCCUACUGAAGAUGUAAAUCUUUAAAAACUCUUCACAAAAAUGUAGUUUCAGUUGUUCUGGAAAAGCUCAGUAAUUUCCUUAAACGGCUGCUCGCCAUCGUUUUUAUCCCACAAAGAGGUGGAAUUAGUGCAUUUGUUGGGGACUAUUUUCAGCGGCGGAUUAAUCCACGUUUAGCGGUAUGGUGAGUAUUUCUGGCAGUAGGAUGGUGUGUGUGGGAGGAUCAAUUCAUUGUUGGUUUUGGUCUUUUCAUGGAAUUUUUAUCACCAAAAUUAUACUUUAAUGUUAGAGAAUGUUGUACAUUUAAAGAUGACUAAGGUAGCUUUGUGUUGUAAUUUUAUACAUUCUGGUUUUUGAAAGAUUUAUUAAAUUUUGAAAUGUUUUAGCAAUGGAUUCGUCAGUUUGAAUUUAUCUUUGGUUUCUUUGGCCACUUGAGCUCCGUCUUUAUCAGUCGUGUAGCUGCUCUUCCUCUAGACUGAUUACCUUUAAGGUUCCAUGGCCAGGAAAUAUUAAGAAUAAUUGUAAAGAAUCUUAUGCUUCCCUGAUGUUGUGGAUAGGGAGCAGUACAGUCAACUGUCCUGCUGA